AUGUCGGCCUCCACCGAGCUCAAGACCUACGUGACGUGCGCCGCCGUGCUGUACGUCAAGUUCGUGCUGGCCACGGGCAUCCAGGCCACUAAGACCUUCGAGGCCGGCGGCCGCCCGCCUGAGGACAAGAAGCUGCCGCUGGCCAAGGGCAACCCGGUGCAGAACUACGGCCUCGUCACGUCGCCCAACGCCACCAAGGAGGAGAGCGAGAAGCUGCAGCAGGCCAAGCUCACGGAGCUGCGCUGGCGGCGCAUCGUGCAGAACGACCUCGAGUCCAUCCCGCUGGCGCUCGUCGUCUUCGGCGCCGGCGUGAUGGCCAAGGGCAACCCGGCCGUGCAGAUCGGCGCCAUGGUCGGCUACACGGCGGUGCGCUGCUUCCACACGGUGGCCUACGCCAACGCCAUGCACCCGCACCGCGCGCUCUGCUGGCUGUUCGGCGUCAUCUUCAUCACCACGGGCGCCGGCAACGCGCUCUACGGUGCCUUCUCGUCCUAG